CCGCACAAACCCAGACGGAGAAACUGUCGAACACCACCAGUCUUCAAAACUCAAAAGAAGGGCGAGACAGCUCAGAAAGUAGAAAGAAAGAGAUGGACGAUUACACGCGAGAGAUGAUGGAGCUCAAGACCCUGGUCACUCGAACCCUAGAAAAGAAAGGCGUCCUCGCCAAGAUCCGAGCCGAGCUAAGAGCUAGUGUUUUUGAGGCAAUUGAAGAAGAGGAUCAGACAAUUGAAAAGGAAGAAGGAUUGCCUCCUGCUUUAUUGGGUAGCUGUAAUGAUCGUGCAAAACAACUCCAUGCUUCUCCUUCAGGGAGGUUGCUAACUGCGCUGGUAUGUGAAUAUUUGGACUGGGCACAACUGAGCCACACAUUAAAAGUUUAUUUGCCAGAAUGUAAUCUGCAAAAGGAUUUAUGGAAAUCUGAGUUAAAAGAAUUUAGUAGCAAGAAUGGAUAUGAUAUUAACAGGAAUGGGGAAAGUGGUCCUUUGCUUUUGGAUGUCCUUGAAGGGUUUUUGAAAUAUGAGAAUUUAUCACAAGCAAGGGGUCCUGGAAGGAGACUAACUACUCCAGACGCGGAGUCCUUGUCCAAUUUAGAAUCCCGAAACAUGCGGAGACCUUCAUCAUCAACUAUUGCUGGGGGAUUACCUCCAUUAGGAAGGCCAUUUCCUGUUUCGCAUGCAUCUGAUAGGAGAGCCGGAUCCUCUAUGUCUGGUUACAGGAAAGAAGAAUACAAUUGGAACAAUGAUGAGGUCUCGGAGGAUGUAAUUCGUGCUUCAACUGCCUUGGAAAACCUGCAGUUGGAUAGAAAAGCUCGGAAUCUGAGCACCUCUUGGCGGCACGCUGGGGAUGGAACCGCUGAUGAUGAUGGCAGGCUUGACCAUAUGUAGCUGAAUGAUAUCUUCAAAGUAUUGCAUGUGUAGUUUGUCAUGUAUUUUAAUCUUAUCCAUCAAUUAGUUUGAUAUCAAAUCAGGGUAUAGACAUUAUGUAAGUUAAUUUUACACAGUGUGCAUUGUGUUUUAGUGUUUUGUGUGCGCUUUCGUCUUUUGACCCUCUGAAAUUUCAUUCAGCUUCACUUUUCCCUAA